AUGCAGUCAAUGAAGCUUCUCAACAUUUCGAGCUCGUCUGAAAGUGAUGAUAGUCCAGCGGCAAUUCCUAAAUUCAAUCCUGGUCCAAAAUCAAACGCAAGUGGCCCUAAAAGUCUUGCAAUGGCCAGUAUGAUGCAGACCCUGAACGACAGUAGCUCGUCAGAUUCUGAUUCGGACUCUGAAAUGCGCCCAGGACCAAAUGCCUCAAAGUUAAAGAUGAACGAAACGAUUUCGCCAACAAAGACAUCCGAUGGGCCAACAAAGCCUGCUUUUACUGGCCCUGCAUCGAUGAGCAGCAAGUUGAAUAGCAUGAUGGACUCAAGCUCAGAUUCUGAUUCCUCAGGAGACGAAAUUGCCGUUGUGACUUCAAGCACGGCGCCGACAACAGUUGAGUCAACAAUUCCUACCAAAACUCAAGACGCUCCGGCAGGAGUUAUUUCUGGUCCAGCUUCGUUGGCUAGUAGACUUAAUGACUUAAGCUCUGACAGUGACAGUGCAAGCGAUGAAGAAGUUGUUCAAGUAAAGCCAUCUAUGGAACGGUCUAUCCCAACAAAAAUAUCUGACGCACCAAAUAGUGGAGUUAUGAGCGGCGGUCCUGUUUCCAUGGCUAGUAAAAUAGACACACUUAUCAGCUCAAGCAGUUCUGAAGAUGAGGAAGAUCAAGCAGUGAGGCCAACAUCACUUCAGCCACCUUCUGCUCAGCCGUCGAUACAGACCAACAACAAUAGGCUUUCAUCUUCUUCCAGCAGCAGUGAAGAUGAACAAGAGCUAGCAGUAAAUCAUCUUCAAGGAAAUCCUCCAUCAAUGGAAUUUCAGGAACUUCCAAGUGCUGGAUCAUUUGACUUACAAGCAACUGGAGGUUCUUUGCCCUUGUCUCAAAUGGACUCGAUGCCGAAAUCAAAGCUUUCUGAAAACAUCGAGGACUCAUCAUCAUCUUCUGACGAGGAAAUUCCACCGCAGCAGUCUCUUAUCGAAUCUCUGCCUCCAGCAGACUACCAGCAGAAUUCAGAAGCAAGUACGAUUCCGAAUAGAAGUGCGCCUUCUUUCUACGAUAAUGUUAGACCAGUUGUUGUUGCAAAACAAGUAGAGAUUGGAUCUGGCGACGAACUGAGUGGCUCGGACUGGAGCGAUAAUGAUUCCAGCAGAGCCAAUAUCCAACGAGCAAAGCAUAAAAAACACUUGCUUGAGCGAAAAGCUAAAAGGGAUAAAUAUCUUGAAGCAAAUGAAGGCAAAGAGCAAAAAUUUAAAAAUCUCGGGAAAACGAUCUUGGGGGCUAACAAGCUUUUCAAGCUAGCGUCGGCUGCGGAUAUACAAUCAUCAGAGCCAUCGCAAGAGAGAGAUGAGACACUCUUCCUGAAGUCCUCCGAAGACGGAAUCAAAAAGAAAAUCGACUUCAUCAUCAUGUACAACUUUUCUGCCGACCCUGAGAGCCGGAACCAUCACGAGUCUCUAAGAAGAACUCUCAAGCAAAGACUAAGGAGCAAGAAUUUAAUCGUAGAAGACGCAAGCGAAGACGAAAACUUCGAACCGCGAACUGAUGAGGAAGGAAAUAUUGACGAAAAACAAAAGUAUUUUAUAAAAAUUCACGCACCAAUGGUUGUACUGAAGAAGCAAGCUGAAGUUUUAAGCAUAAACUGUCGACUCCAAAGCAGAAAAGAUAUCAAAGCGAUGAUUGCAUCUCAAGUACAAGAAAGAAUCGAGGGUGGAGUUCUUGAAGGCGAUUCUGACGAUGAAGAUGACGAAGACAACGAUGAAGAUUCCGGCUGCUUGGAAAACUUCUUCUCUAAAACGAAAGAAACAUGGUCGAAUUUCAUCGAAAAGAGCGAGGGGUUUUUCCAAGUCAAGGAAAUCUGGGACACGGAUCCGGAAGAUUACUUCACAGCAAUUUAUCGACACGAUCUUCAUGAUUAUUUUGCAAAGACAGAAAACGAAGAAGAAUUUUUCACUGACUCUCAGAGAAUACGAAUGGUCGCAAAUAUUUUGAAUAACAUCAAGUGGGAAGGAAAAAACUCGAGGAAAAUCGGAAUUCGAGCUUUUCUUGAGAACGAGGAAGGAGCAAUUCUCGGAUAUUACCCACUCCACGAUGGCGUUUUCAACGAGCCACAGAUCAGCGACGAAGAAGAUUUCGUGCCAAAGAAGAGUUUGAGAGCUUAUCUUCAUAGAAAUUGGUCUGGCUGGAAAAACUUCUACAGAAGUCAGCCUUUGGACGAAAUUAGAGACUAUUUUGGAGAAAAGAUUGCGCUGUACUUUGGAUUCUUAGGAUUUUAUACGAACUCACUAAUUGCGUUUUCUGUUAUUGGACUGAUAGUUAUGAUCUAUGGAUUGGCGACGUUUCAAACUGAUACUGUAAUUACCGAAACAUGCAACAUGACUGACGUGAUUCUUUGUCCAAAGUGCUUCGAUUGUACAUUCGAUAAAGCCUCGGAUCUUUGUCAACCGCUGAAAAUCACGUAUAUUUUCGACAAUGUCUUCACACUUGGUUAUGCGUUUCUGGUCUCAAUUUGGGCGAUGACAUUCCUAGAGCUGUGGGCACGAAAGAACUUUUUCCUCGAGUACGAAUGGGAUUUGACCAAAAUCGACAAAGAUAUGGAACCUCCUCGAGCGCGUUAUCAAGCUGUGGCACCUCAAAAUCGUCUCAAUCCUGUCACGUUCAAGAAAGAAGCUUACAUCCCUCUCUCGACAAUUUAUCCACGAAAGCUGCUAUCCCUUAGUGUAGUCUUGUUUUUCAUCCUCUUGGUAAUUGCAUCCGUCGUCGCAGUCAUCGUUUACCGUAUGGUGCUCAGCGUUAUUGUCAACGACUUAGGUUUCGCGGAAGAUUCUCCAGUUGGAGAAGUUGUCACUCCCUCCAUUGUCGUCACAACUACUGCUUCAACGAUCUCACUAAUCCUGAUCAUGGGCUUCAAUCUUAUCUAUCACAAAGCGGCCGCCAAAUUAACAGAACUUGAAGUCCCCAGAACUCAGCAAGAAUUUGACGAUUCAUACUCGUUCAAGAUUUUUUGCUUCCAAUUCGUCAACUACUACUCAAACUUGUUCUACAUCGCGUUUUUCAAGGACACCCUCGUUGGUUACCCCACUAACUAUUUAUCUAUCAAGGGAAGCGAUGGGAAGGAGUACAGAUGGGCUGGUUGCGAUGGCGGUUGCUCCUAUGAGCUUGCUAUUCAGUUAAUAAUUACAAUGGUCGGCAAGCAACUCAUAAACAAUGUGAUUGAAAUACUUCUUCCGGCUUUUCAAAAGUGGUGGACAAGGAAGAAAAACGAAGACAAUCUUGGACUUAAUAUUGAUGCUCGAUGGAAAGCAGAUUCCUUGCUCUCAUCCUCAAAUGAGAUCAAAUAUGGCUUUGAUGUAAAUUAUCUCAACGACUACAUCGAGUUGGCGAUUCAGUUUGGGUUCGCAGUUCUGUUUUCAUGCGCCUUCCCUCUUGCACCACUUUUCGCAUUUUUGAACAACAUCGCGGAAAUCCGAAUCGACGCGGCAAAAUACGUCAAGUACUCUCAGCGACCGAUUCCAGAGCGAACCAAGAACAUUGGAAUCUGGGAACCGAUCUUUAGAUUUUUAGCAAUUCUCGCUGUCAUCACGAAUGGCUUGCAGCUUGCUAUAACUUCACAAACAGUCCCACGAAUUGUUUACGCUGCCAUGGGCAAGUCUGAAAAUGAAGACCUUCCACUCGCCGGCUUUGCGAGAUCUAUUUAUUCCGUCUAUCAAAUCCCCGAUGACUUUGUCGGCGGUAACCCUGAGAAUUACACUGAAUGCCACUACGAAGGAUACCGAGACGAGAAUUUGGAGCCGACGAUUGAUUAUUGGAGUGAUCGUUAUGCACGAGUUCUCUUUUUCAUUUUAUACGAGCAUGCCGUUUUCCUUACCGUUUGGCUGAUCGUCUGGCUCAUCCCAAACAAGCCACAGAGCCUCAAGAACAUGAUCAAACAAGAAGAAUACAUCGUCCAGACAAUUCUCAAAGAUAAAGCAAAGAAAGACCUGAGCAAGAAGAAUUCCUAA